AUGACCCAUCUCUACAAGCACCUUCGAGUUCAUCAAGUAUUCGGAGCUAACACUGAUGUUGGCAAGACCAUCAUCACCACCGCGCUCGUUCGGGCGUCGGCGCUCAACAACAACCGCGUGUUUUAUCUCAAACCAGUGAGCACUGGCGCACCGCAGGACGCGGAUGACGAACAUAUCAAACGUCAUGCUGGCCCGCAAAAGCAUUUGGUGGAUGCUCAUUGCUUGUUCCGAUAUGGAGACCCCGUUAGUCCGCACCUUGCUGCAAAGAUAGCUUCUGAAACUCAAGGAGUAAAAAUUUCUGCGCCUUCCGACGAAACUUUUGUCCGUUCUGUCGCAGAACACAUUAGAAAGCGCGCCAAGGCUGUGAGUCUACCAGCUCACAUGUAUGUGGAGACGGCUGGAGGUGUCCAUAGCCCAACGCUCUCUGGAACGACCCAGCUUGACAGCUAUCGCCCGCUCUUUCUCCCUACCAUCUUAAUUGGAGACUCAAAACUCGGCGGUAUAUCAUCAACCAUAUCUUCAUUCGAGUCGCUACUACUACGCGGAUACAUCGUGGACGCGAUCUUGUUGUUCCGCGACGAGUACUAUCGGAAUUUCGAAUACCUCACGCAGUACUUUGCUGAACGAGGUACUCGUGUCACGGCAUUAGAUCCUCCUCCCCCACGGAUCGAUGAUGCCGCGGAGGAUUUCGCGAAGACAGAAAAAUACUACUCGAAUCUCGUUCCAGACAGCCUUCAAGGCGACAUUUUCACCGCAGUCGAACAUCUCGAUACGUGUCACGCACGUCGGAUCCAAGAGCUAGACUCCAUGCCUCGUCGAACUCUCGACGCGAUCUGGUGGCCAUUCGUGCAACACGGUUUAGUCAAGAACGAGAAGGACGUCAACGUUAUUGACAGCGCAUGGUCAGAUUUCUUCAGCGUUUAUGACGCUUCCUCCGAAAAUACUUCGCAACCGACAUCGCUCCUGCAACCUCAGCUUGAUAGUUCUGCCUCGUGGUGGACACAAGCGGUCGGGCAUGCUCAUCCAGCACUAGCGCUUGCUGCUGCAAAUGCGGCGGGUCGUUACGGUCACGUCAUGUUCCCGCAGGCAACCCACCUUCCAGCUCUAAAGCUCGCUGAACGCCUACUUCAAGGCCCAGGUAAAGGCUGGGCUUCUCGUGCAUUUUUUUCAGACAACGGCUCCACUGGAAUGGAAGUUGCGCUUAAAAUGGCCUUGCGGUCGUUCAUCGUCAGUUCAGGACUCGAGUUAAGUUCUGCAGAAAAGAAGUCCUUGGGGGUUAUUGGCCUGAGGGGGAGUUAUCAUGGAGAUACGAUCGGAACUAUGGAUGCUUGCGAGGAGGGAGUCUAUACUUGCGAAUGGCACGAAGCGAAGGGUUAUUGGUUUGAGCCGCCGACUGUAUCCAUUCGGCAAGGCCAAGUCGCUGUCACCCUUCCACCUGCCCUGUCCUCUCUCACCGGUGAUCAGCAGCAUCAGGCGGUUGAAAGUUUUGAAACCCUCUCUCUUGUCUAUGACGUCGAGCAGCGUCUGACAUCUCCGCUCGCAAAACACUACAGGCAUUAUCUAGAGAAGAACAUCUGUAACCUUCAAGCGGACAAUAGCCGAAAGCUCGCCGCUCUGGUCCUUGAACCCAUCGUUAUGGGCGCAGGAGGGAUGAUUUUUGUCGAUCCAUUGUUCCAACGCAUCAUGGUUGACGUCGUCCGCGACCCCACCUUAUUCCCUGCAGCUCUUCCAGUCAUUUUUGAUGAAGUCUUCGUCGGAUUGUACCGCCUAGGGUUCGAAAGCGCGGGGCCUUUACUUGGUGUCAACCCUGACAUCUCAGUGAACGCCAAGAUUCUCACCGGUGGUAUACUGCCUUUGGCAGUAACACUGGCGUCCGACCAUAUUUUCCAGGCGUUUAAUAGCGAGAGCAAAGUUGAUGCUUUGCUGCAUGGACAUAGUUACACGGCGCAUGCCAUUGGCUGUCAGGUUGCAAAUGCAACGCUCGAUAUGGUUGGCGAGCUGGCAAAGAGCAAUCAGUGGGCGACAGCAACCCGUAAAUGGGCGCCUGAAGGAGCUCCUUCUAAAGUCUGGAGUUUCUGGGACCCUGAUUUCAUCACGUCGAUAUCUCGUCUCGACAUCGUCGACGAAGCGAUGGCGCUGGGAACUGUACUUGCUAUCAAGUUCAAGGACGAUGCCGCAGGUUAUGCUUCGCAUUCGGCUCAGGCGUUGUUGCAGAGCAUGCGAUUACCGCUGGAUGACGGAUCGACAUCGCCAGCCCCUGGAGGAGCACCUUUUGGCGUGCACUAUAGGACGCUAGGGAACGUGGCGUAUUUCAUGAGUAGCUUGAACACCUCACGUGCAACUAUCGAGGCAUUGGAGGAUCGGUUGUGGAGGCUCGUAUGUUCAUAGCUUAGUGACGCACGUGUUAUUAGCAAGGCGCUCUACAAAUCAUUACUAGAUAGUCCCAUGAGUCCGUGUAUCCCAAGAGUUCGCGCAUUGACUCUAGCACACGCAAUUCUGCACGGAAUCCUUAUGUAUGUUGCAUUUAGGUUCCCUCCCAACAUAAUACACAGUGCCAUGUUUUUUGUUUGAAG